UAUGAAGCAAACCAAAGCAAAGAGUCUACGCACAAGUCUAUGAAGUCUUCGGCUGAUAGCCCCACCUGUAUGCGCUUGGUGCCUUCAUGGUUUCUGCCCGAAGCAGUGCGUGGGCCCUAUCAGUAUAUAGAUCAAUCCCACGCCACUUCAAACAUUAUGCUCUGAAGCUUCCUACCCAGUUCACAAUGGUGCAGGGAAGGUGUGGAGGAAGCCUCCCUGCAUUCUCAAAUACUGGGAGAGAUCAGAUGAAUGAUAUGUCCAUGCUUACCACAUUCGUCUGAUGAUCAUAUAUAUACUACUAGCUCUGCCCCAAAUCAUUCUCAUUAAUCACAUUUAAAUCCAUAUGUCUGAUUCCAGUUUUGGUGAUCCUUCUGAGUUCGAGCUUUCCGAGUACUUCAAGCUCGGCGACUGGCUCGAAGAGGAUUCUUCACCUGCACCUGUGGAUUCCAGACCUACCCAGAACCCGGUUAAUCAUCCAUAUGCAGUUUAUGAAGCAGGUGGAAGUAGCAGCCACCGCGAGGGGCCUAAUACCAGAGUGAACGGGGAUGGCCAGGAUAAUAGAGACGUCAGAGAAAAGGUUGCGUUCAAAAUCAAAACAGACACUGAUAUACUAGACGACGGGUUCAAGUGGAGGAAGUACGGGAAGAAAAUGGUGAAGAACAGCCCAAAUCCAAGGAAUUAUUUUCGGUGUUCAGUUGAAGGGUGCCCAGUGAAGAAGAGAGUCGAAAGAGACAGAGAGGAUCCAGGAUAUGUGAUAGCAACAUAUGAGGGCACGCAUAACCAUGAAAGCCCGAACAAGUUCUGAAGUUUGUCUCAUAUUUUGGGCAGGUGUUUCUGUUGCAAGAGCAGCUACUGCCAUCACUUUCCAGUUACCAUUACCUUCCCUUGCUUUAGUUUUUUAUACCUAUGAGGUAUAGGCUUCAUAGACCAUUAUGUUCAGCUUAUGUACAAUCAACAUGAUCCAAAUAUAAUAGAGUAAUGAAUAUCGUAUCUAA